AUGAAUGUUAAAGCGUAUGGUUUAUCCAAGUUAGCUCGUGGAAACAAUUUUCAGUUCACCAGGAUUCAGACUAAGAUUUUCUGUACAGUGAAGAGAAAAGUAUUGGGUUAUGGUUCAGUGGAUAUGUCAGAGAAUGGUUAUGCAUCUUUCUUGGAUAACUGUUCAGAAGUACUUUCCUUGAAGAAAUUGCAUGCUCGAAUUAUUGUUUGUGGGCUUGAAAAUUGCAAUUUAUUAGGCUCUAAGCUUUUGCAUUGCUAUGCUAAACUUAACCUAGUAGGUGAAUCUCGAUGUGUUCUUCGUAGAAUUGUUAGUGGUGAUCUUUCUGUUUGGAAUUCGUUACUUGUUGGGUGUUAUAGGGCCGGCAACUAUGAAGAAGUUCUUAUUCGAUAUUUGGAUUUGAAGUGUCAGAAAAUUGGUUUAGGUGGUUCAGCAAUUACUGUUAUUCUGAGAAGUUGCGUUGAUCUUGGGAGGUUUGAUUUUGGAAGAAAAAUUCAUGUGGAUACCUUCAAAUUCAAUCUGAAUGUGGACUGCUUUGUGGGUAGUUCUCUUAUUAAGCUGUAUUCUAAAGCUAACGAUUUGGAAAGUGCCUCUAAGGUGUUUGAUGAAAUUAUUGACAAAGAUCAUGUGGCAUACACAUCAAUCAUCACUGCUUUUGCUCAGUGCAACCUUAGUGCUUAUAAGGCCUUUCAGAUUUCUCUUAGAAUGCAGAAGAAAAAGCUGCAACUGAAUCGAGUGACAUUAGUGAGCCUGCUUCAGGCAGCAGUUCAAUUGGGAGCACUAGAACAAGGUCGUGCAAUCCACGGCUAUGCCAUUAGACAAGGAAUUGGCAUGUCAGAUGAGAUUUUUGAAACAAGCCUCAUGGACAUGUAUUACAAAUGUGGGCACCCACAAAUGACUGCUCUGAUAUUUGGUAAAAUGGAUGUGAGAAGGGUUGGUUCAUGGAAUACCAUGAUUGCUGCUUAUCUUCAGAUGGGACAAGAAUUAGAAGCAGUCAGACUUUUCUGUCAUAUGACGGAAGAGUAUCCAUGGUUACAUGAUACGGAGGGGGAUGAACCUGAUCUGGUUGCUAGCACUGCUUUGGUUGAUCUGUACUCUAAAUUUGAUGUAACCAAAGCUAGAAAAAUGUUUGAAAGCUUGGGGAAUAAGGACGUUGUUCUAUAUAAUGUUAUGAUGGCCGGUUUCCUCCAAAAUGAACUAUCUUUGGAGGUUAUAAAUACUUUCAAUGAAAUGGUCAAAAUAAGCAUUCGGCCAAAUGUUGCUUCAUAUCUGAAUUUACUUUCUGCUGUAUCAAUUUUGAGAGAAUUUAGGAUAGCUAGGUCCAUCCAUGGGUAUUUAUUGAAGCAUGAAUUUCUCAUGAAUGUGGAAGUUGUGAAUCAAAUAAUUAACACUUAUGCUAAUUGUGGGAAUAUGCUUUAUGCUGAGAGAGUCUUUAUUUGUGCAAGAUAUAGGGACUUGGUUUCAUGGACUUCGAUGAUGAGAGGUUAUGUUUACCAUGGCUGCCAUUAUGAAGCCAUAGUUUUGUUUCGUUUGAUGCAAAAAGAAAAUCUGAACCUUGACUCUGUUACUUUAACAAGUCUGAUUCAGGCAUUAUCUCUUUUUGGGUGUCUAAGUUCUGUCAAGGAAGUUCACUGCUUGAUUUACAAAGGCCUGCUUGGUAGAGAGUUAUUUGUAACCAAUUCUCUGCUUACAGCUUAUGCAAAGUGUGGUAGAAUAGAUAUAGCUAGAUGUAUGUUUAAUCAAAUGGUAGAUCGCUCUCUUACAACAUGGAAUGCAAUGAUAGCUGCAUAUGGGAUGCAUGGAAACUGCGCAGAGGUUUUAAAACUCUUCGAACAAAUGAAAUCUGCCGGAGUUAGACCUGAUGAAGUAACUUUUACAUCAAUACUCACUGCCUGCAGUCAUUCAGGUUUUGUAGAAGAUGGUCUACAAGUUUACAAGACCAUGGUGCAGGAAUAUUCCUUACUUCCAUGUGAAAUUCAUUAUUCAUGUAUUGUAGAUUUAUUGAGCCGAUCCGGACUACUUAAAGAGGCGUACAGUUUGGUUAAAAUCAUGCCAUCAACCCUGGAUUCUUCGGCAUUGUGUUCUUUGCUUUCUGCUUGCAGAUUAUAUGGUGAUACAGAGAUAGGUGAGGUUAUUGUGAAGCAAAUGUUAGAGCUGGAACCGAAUAACUCAAGUUUACAGUCUCUGGUGUCAAACAUAUUUGCUGGGAAGGGAAAAUGGGAUAAAGUAGCCCAAAUUAGAGCUAUUACAAAGGAUAAAGGGUUGAAGAAAACUCCAGGACAUAGUUUGAUAGAGCUGGACAAGCCACAUGUUAGGUGA